AAAUGUCUUGGGUAGAAGAAGAAGAGUGGAAGUACUUUCGUUGUGGAGGAAGACAUAUUUUGUUUGAACCAAUGGGAAAACAACCUCUUUCUAAAGGGUUACUUUUACGUGUCCGCAGACAAGAUGCUCGUCAGUUUACGAGUUUAGAAGUAACAGAAGAACAGCGUUUUGUGAGAGAUUUUUUUGGAACGAAUAUAGGUUUUCAUUAUCUGCCAAAAGCUUACAAUGUUUCCGUUUCCACCGGGUUUCUUUGUGAGCUCUCGAGAUCUCUUCACUGUCAACUUGUGGAAGGUAAAGACGUGGACGUGCUUUCCAAGUCAGUGAUUUUGAUCAGAGACCAAAGAAAAGUGCCUUGUACUACAGCUGUAUGUAGUGAAGACUGUAUCUGUAUAGAAUGGAAACCAAAAUAUAUGUUGCUUCCACGUAGUCGUCUCGUUCCAGCUCCCAUUUCCCAAUAUAAAUAUCGCUAUUACAGGAGCAAUCUUAAAAAUUUUCAAAGCGAAGAUAGCCUUGUCUACACGCCUGAGGAUAUCCUUUCCUUUCAGCACGAUAGAAUCCGUCGAGCCUUGGUUUCGCUAAUAAGGCAGAAAAGCAAAUAUCUUCAGUUAUUACAUCCUCAUCAACCUGAACCCAUUUCUUCAACGAUAUUGGAAACAAAGUUGGAUAUUCUUGUACAUAUUAUUUGUAAGGAGGCCAUACUGUUUUCAAGGUUACGAAUGAUUCAGCAACUGGAUAUCUUGGACUACGAAGGUGCAAAAUUAGCACUCGAGGCCUUGGAGACCUUGAAAGACUCUGAUUUAGAGAAACUGGAGAAGAAAAUUUAUGGAAAAUCUUUUACUCCUGGUUGGCUGAAAGAAGAACUUUUGUAUCUAAAUAGUUUUCAUGAUAUGAUAUUUGAUUCAGAUGAGGAAGAGACACGGAUGCAUUGGUGUUUGACUGGAGAUAUUCAAAAACUGGAAAGAUCCUUUCUACAAGGACUCAGUUGUUUGCAUUCCUUGGAAAGUGGAGAGUUGGAAAGAAUUCUCGGCGAUUUUCUAUAUUCUACGAUAACGAAGGAUUGUUCCCUUUUGAUUAGUUUUGUUCAAGUUUCUGAGAAUUCAAAUUGCUACCUCAGUGAUAUGUGGAAACCGAUAUAUAUUGAACAAAGAAUGUACUAUUAUAGUAUUUCAGUUAUAGAUUUAGAGCCCAAAUCACUAAAAAAACUAAAAAUAUGGUUGGAAAAUGACCAAUUCCUAUUUCAAUUUCCAUAGUAUUCAGAAAUGAUAUAUAAUAAAGCGAUAAAUAAUGCCUUUGACACUGAGCAAACAUGUUAUGU